GUGAGCCAUGUCAUACACGAUAAGCGUUGCCUCGAGAACGUUGAAUAUCAUCGUAGAAGCAUACGAAGAGAGACAGAUAUAGAUACAUCUUAUCAAUUGAUAUAUGAUAAAGAUAGAAGAGGAAGAAGAGACAAAUUCAAAGAAAAUCCAAAGGAAUAGUUACUUUUAUUAUUUCUUUUAAACAUUUUAAAAUAUGUGGAUAGUACCCACGUGGACUAGCAAUCAAUAGUGCAGUGUUGUUGCACGGGGGUCAGUCAACCCGCGCUCGAGGUCAACUCCAUGGUGUCUUCUCUCUGGAAGCUUGCGAACCCGCUCGAUAGCCUGUUCUUGAUGUCGAAUUAAAAGAAAAUAGGAAGAGUGCAGAAAGAAAAGAGAGAUAGAGAUAGAGAUAGAUAGAUAGAGAGAAAUAGAGAGAGAGAGAGAGAGAGAAAAGAAAAGAGAAGAAAAAAAUUAUUACAAAAUCAACGGGAAGACGAGCGACAAAAAGAAAUCAAGGGAACGGACUUCGCGUGAAACUACUGAUGGGACGUACGAACAUAAAAAAAAAAAGGGGGAAAUACUUAACCUAAAUCGUUCAUAAUCGCCAAAAGCACUUUAAUCUUCGUUCCGAGAUUCACGGUGGCGGCCUCGAUGGCGGCGGUGCCUCGUCGAAGUAAAAUAAUUGAAUAAGCCGGAGGCGGAAGCUAGGCUAGGAAGACUAGAGGGGUAGCAAGGAGAAAGGAUAGAAAGAGACAGACAGACGUCGAGAGAGAUAGAUAGAUAGAUAAAGAGAGAGAGAGAGAAAGAGAGUGAGAGAAAGAGAGAGAGUGAGAGAGAGAGAGAGAGAGAGAGAAAGAGAGAUAGAGAAAAGUACCUUUCGUAAGACGAAAUUUAUAAUAAUUCUAUCGGCACCCACAGGGCUCUGUAAGAGGGAUGAUAAGGCUCCUUUCCUUUUGACUAAGAGGAAGGACCUUCGUCGUUCUUUAGUCCUUCCAAGAAGGAGCAGUUAAAGAGAUAAGACGUUAAGAAGAAAGAAAGAGGAGAAUCGCACUGUUCCAAUUUCAAGAAGGAGAAGAAUAACAAUAUUAAUAAUAAUAAUAAUAGAAAAAGGAAAGAGACGAGAGGAACGAAGGGAGAAAAAAAAAGUAAACUUUAAAUCGAGAAGGAAGACAGAGAGACAGAGAAAGAGAGAGUGAGUGAGUGAGAGAGAGAGAGAGAGAGAGAGAGAGAGAGAGAAGGUAAAUGUUAUCGAGAUCAGACGUUGUCUUGGAACGUUCGAGUUUUUGUCGAGCGUGAGAUGGUCCUCGUGAAGCGUCGUCACAAAGGUGAAAUCAGUCGGGUCAGGGACAUCGAGUUGGAAAGAGGAAAUCGUCGUCGUCGAGGCUGUCACUGCAAUAGGAGAGUCUCGAAAACGUCGUUGGCGUCGUUGAAGGAGAGACCGAGAGAAGGAGAAUAAAUAAAAGAGCCUCGUGACGGAGGGACUUCGUACGGCCCUGGCGCGGCUGCGGCACUGCGCCCCCACAGGGGGCUCUCUGCCAAAUACCCCGAAUCUACCCUCUACCCCCGAACAUAAGGCUCACAUCGUAAAACACGUCGAACGACAAUAAUCAUUCGUAACGGGAGGAGCGGCUAGUCUCGAAGAUGGCGAAUUUAUCGGGACGCCUCAUUAAAAAAAAGGGAAGGAAUGGAAGGAAGAAAUCGUGUUUCUUGCUAAUAGCGGUACCCAAUCACGUGCAUAGCUCUAUCCAGCUCGCGAGACAUUUAAUCGAAAAGGGAUGUUUGGAGAAUCGUGGCUCCCCUGGGAGGAGCGGCGGAGCAGGAGGAGGAGGAGGAGGAGGAGGAGAAGCAGGAGGAGGAGGAGGUUCACGGGGUACCGGGUGUGAUUCAGGAGAUUCGCAGUCGCAGCCAUCUCGCGGAGGACGUCAUGGAGCCUCGGAAGGCUCAUCGAAGGACGGUGACCUGCUUUCACAUGCGGCUUCCGCUUUGCGUAGACUUCACUUCAAAUCCGCUGGUGGAAGUCGUAGCUGUCGUACGGUGCCAAAGGUCGUGGUCAUGGGUUCCAGUACAGCGUCUGAGACCACGAUCAACACCAGUACCGAUAGCGCCAAUACUAUGGUCACUAUGGUGACGACGACGGACGGAGAACAACCAGACGACAGUUUUGACUUGAUAGACGUACCACCGGAAAUGUCGCCGCCACCUGUCGCGCCAACGUCGAAGGACACGCAAAGUAAUUCUUCCGGCACGCAACAAAUCGUUCUUCCAUUGGAGAAGGUCGAUUCCAAUCACGUAGAAUAUAAUUCGAAAGGCACGGUCAACGUACAAUCCAGCAGCACUGCCCAGCACGGUGCCAUGUCGUCGCCGAUUUCUGAUAUGGUAAACGACACGGGUGCACCCCCACCAACCCCUAUGAUUGGAGCUCAUCAAGAGUGCAGGUUCACUUUUAUUAGCGGUAGAACACCACCCCUUCCUGAUCUAAGGGCAGCCGAAUUUUUCAGUACACCGGUGAGAGGCUCGGUGGAUGCCGGACAACCUGAUCCAAGUCAGAUAAGCUCAAUGCUAACAUUGAUGGCUACGAAAGAGAAACAAAAUGAGAAGGGUGCUUCGAUCAACAUUAAUUCUAAUCACACGUCACUGGUGAAGAUUACAGAACCCAGUGAGAAAAAUUCCAAUGAAACGAAACAUCCAACUGGACAAAAAAAACCUAAUAUCAAUGUUACGACAAAUCCAUUGGAUAUUUCUUUGGUCGGUGGUCAACCAUCUUGUAACGCACAGACUCCGACUGGUACUAUGAAUAGAGGUCGAGGAAGAUCGGCGCCAGGAGGGAGCGCUGGUGGAACAAAGAGAACGACCCAGGCGACGAUCGUGGUCCAACAACCGUCCCUCUCAUUGGACGCACCAGCUGCUACCAUUCUUCUACAUCCGGACGCGGAUGCAAGAAGACGAGAGGAGAAUAUGAGACAAUUGCUUGAUGUUGCGAACACUCUCACCCUUCAGGAAAUUCACGACUUCGAAAUGAGAUAUGGAAGUCCACAUCACAGUCGUUCGCAAUCCGUGAAAACUCCGGGUAGCCGAUCGUCCGGUCGGCCAAAUUACUUGUGUCUUCCGCAGCAAAGGUCGAGGGUGGCCAGUAUGCCGAACACAGGGGUCGAAGAAGAAUAUUACAGGCUGAGGCAUUUCAGUAUUACCGGGAAAGGUGUGGUGAAUAGAGGCGAUUCAUUGAAAAGUCGAAGAUCACGUUCCAACAAUAGCGUCGCAUCGAGUAACUCUAGGGAGAUUUUACGAGAAUCCAAAGCGGUUGCUUAUAGUACAGAACAUCUGACGGCAUCGUAUCCUGGCUCGGCACGAAACUCGGCUGCGGGUUCACUCGCGAGUUCACGCGAGAGUAGCGCAUCUCAAGAUCCAGCACCUUAUCGAGUUCUGAUGCUUGGUGCACCCGCGGUAGGAAAGAGCUCUCUCGUAUCCCAAUUUAUGACGUCGGAAUAUUUACACGCUUACGACACAUCCAUCGAUGACGAGUCCGGUGAGAAAACAGUGAGCGUGCUAUUAGCCGGCGAGGAGUCCGAGUUGACGUUCAUCGACCAUUCGUGCGCGGAAAUGACGCCGGAGAAUUGCAUAUCGACGUACGAACCACAUGCAUAUUGCGUCGUUUAUUCUACGACAGAUCGUGCUUCAGUCAGAGUGGCCGAAGAGGUUCUCCAAGCCCUUUGGCGUAGUGACCACGUAUCUGCGAGGGCGGUCAUUCUCGUUGGAAACAAGGUCGACCUCGCUCGGAGUCGUCUGGUAUCGACCGAGGAGGGCAAAUCAAUGGCAACGUCGUACGAUUGCAAAUUCAUCGAGACAUCCGUUGGAAUAAAUCACAAUGUGGACGAGCUAUUGGUAGGAUUGUUAACUCAAAUACGUCUUAAGCUUGAAAAUCCAGAGAGGACGCGUGAUUUAUUUCGCAAGAGAUCACGAAAAAAUCGUAGCAGAUCGCCAUUGGGCUCUUGCUCGGAGAACAACUCGCCGAAGAAGUACAGAGGUAGUCGAACGAGUACAAGCCUAAAGGUACGAAACUUAUUGGGAAAGGUUUGGGCAAGGGAUAGCAAGUCGAAAAGUUGCGAAAACCUUCAUGUACUUUAAAAGGAGAAGAAAAAAAAAAAUAUAUAUAUAUAUAUAUAUAUAUAUAUAUAUAUUUGAUUGAACCAAUGAAAAAAAGAGAAAGAAAAAAAAACGGAAGAAAGAAAAAAAAAGGAAAAAGAAAAAAACAAUAACAAGAGAAAUAAGGCCGAUCCUAAUCGCGCGAUCCUAAUUCGCCCGAACUGUAAUUCGAAUUACGAUUUAAAACGAUAUUUUUUUUUUCUUUUCUUUUUUGGAAAUAGGAUUAUCGGGUCGUAACGUUAGAAAAAGAAAUAAAUAGAACAAUUUGCUUUUGAAGAAUAUUAAUGAAAGAGUGAGAAAGAGAGAGAGAGAGAGAGAGAGAGAGAAAGAAAGAAAGAAAGAAAAAGAGGAUGCUAACUGAUAGAAGUUAAUGACUACCACGAUAAAAUUGUGUUCAUCUGCAAAUAUGUUUUUAAUCGUCCUAUCCUUUGUUUUUACUCUCUGAAACGUAAUUGAUAGGAUCGACGCAUUUUUUGAUUGUUAUAAUACCCGUUGCAUUUCGAGCACGUUUUUUUUUAUUUUUUUUUCUGUUUUUUUUUCUUCUUUUUUUUUUUAAAGGAAAUAGAAAAGAGAAAGAGAGAGAGAGAGAGAGAGAGAGAGAGAGAAAAAAAAAUAGGAAAAAAAGAGAACACGAGAGAAAUCGACGCAAAUGCGUUAGUCCGUUCAUUCCAUCGAAAUGCCGUGGAAAAUGUUCGCGAGAGGUACGUUUGAAUUUUUAACGUGAUAAAUAUUUUCUACGAGAAUUGUUGUAAGAAUAGAAGAUGAGAAUUACGAUCAUUCCUCCGAUAAUCCUGUUUCACGCGUCUUACGAUAAUCCAUAUAUAUAUAUAUAUAUAUAUAUAUAUAUAUAUAUAUAUAUAUAUAAAAUAAAUAUAAAUAUAUUAUAUCUUCCUCGACCAAAGCGAUAACCGUAAGAUUGUUGUUAUUGUAUCGUAAAUAAUGUCGACUUUUUAGAAAAAGAACUGAAAGCGAGAAUGAGAGAAAAAAAAGAAAGAAAGAAAAAAAUAAAAAGAGAGAAAGAAAGAGAGAGAUAGAGAGAGAGAGAGAGAGAGAGAGAGAGAGAGAAAGAGAGCGAAAUUAAAAAAUAAACAUGCAUACAUAUAAUAAUACAUACGUAUAUCGUAUGAAAGAUUAGGGAUCGACGAACGAAAAGAUGUUGUCACGAUGAGAUAACGUCAUACAGACUAUCGCAUCUCGAUUGAAAAAGAGAAUAAACAAAGAUACACAGAGAGAGAGAGAGAGAGAGAGAGAGAGAGAGAGAGAGAGAGAAAGAGA